AUGCUAUCUCGGACAUUUCGCAGCUGCGGGAGGCGGAAACUAUACGAUUCUAUAUACCCUCAUCUGAAGACAUGGAAUUCUGGCUGCCGGAUACCUGUGCGGACCAGUGUCCGCGUGUUCACGCAGACAGCCUUCGUGAGACGCGAUGAUGGCGCUAAGAAACCGAUACAAGCCACCAAAGUUGCAGAAAUUAUCACCGGAAAGUCGAAUGCCACGGAAGUGACCAACCCUGAAUCACGGCAAAAGGCAGAGUCCCUCAAAGCUGAGCCAGACGUGGCGAAGAAGGACGAACUUCUAUCCGAGAAGGGAGUCUCGAACAAGGAGCAGCGAAAAGUCGAUUUCGCCAUCAUGAAGGAAAUGGUCCAGUAUCUGUGGCCCAAGGGAGACUGGGGAACCAAACUUCGAGUCGGCACCGCUUUAGGUCUCCUUGUGUCAGCCAAGAUUUUGAACGUCAACGUUCCCUUUUAUUUCAAAAGCAUCGUCGACUCAAUGAAUAUCGACUUUCUGGCCGUCGGUGGCACCGCUUGGACGGUCGCUGGAUCCAUGAUCGUCGCAUACGGUGUCACCAGGAUUGGGGCGACAUUGUUUCAAGAAUGGCGAAAUGCUGUGUUCGCCAGUGUUUCCCAAAAAGCAAUCCGAAAUGUCGCUCGCAAUGUUUUUCAACAUCUUCUUCGGCUCGAUCUCAAUUUCCAUCUAUCAAGGCAGACGGGUGGGUUGACACGAGCCCUGGAUCGAGGUACAAAAGGUAUCAGCUUCUUGCUGACGUCCAUGUUAUUUCACAUUUUCCCGACGGUGUUGGAAAUCUCCAUGGUCUGCGGCAUCUUGACAUACAAAUAUGGACCCCAAUUUGCAGUGGUGACUGCAGCCACCAUGAUCGCAUAUUCGGCAUUUACAAUCACGACGACGUCUUGGAGAACGAAAUUUCGAAGACAGGCCAAUGCAGCCGACAACCAAGGAGCGACAGUGGCGGUGGAUACCCUCAUCAACUACGAAGCCGUCAAGUAUUUCAACAAUGAGAAAUUCGAGGUCAGCCGAUACGAUAAAGCUUUGAAAAAGUACGAAGACGCGUCGAUCAAAGUAACGACUUCGUUAGCAUUUCUGAAUACCGGCCAGAAUGUGAUCUUCUCCAGUGCUCUGGCUGGCAUGAUGUAUAUGGCAGCAAAUGGUGUGGCCAGUGGUGAAUUGACGGUGGGAGAUUUGGUCAUGGUCAACCAACUCGUCUUCCAGUUGUCCGUGCCCUUGAACUUCUUGGGUUCGGUUUAUCGAGAACUUCGGCAAUCUCUUCUGGACAUGGAAACGCUGUUCAACCUGCAGAAGGUCAAUGUGACCGUGAAAGAAGUGGCCAAUCCCCGACCGCUCGCCCUGACUCGAGGGGGUGAAAUCAAAUUCGAGAAUGUCACCUUCGGCUAUCACGCUGACAGACCAAUUCUGAGGAAUUUGAGCAUGACCAUUCCUGCUGGAAAGAAGGUUGCCAUUGUUGGACCAAGUGGAUGCGGAAAAUCGACUAUCCUGCGAUUGUUAUUUCGCUUUUACGACGCAGAAUCUGGCAAGAUUCUGAUUGAUGGACAAAAUAUCCAAGACGUCAGCCUUGACAGCUUACGACAAAGUAUCGGGGUGGUUCCACAAGACACCCCGCUGUUCAACAACACAAUCGAGCAUAAUAUUCGAUAUGGUAGGAUUGAUGCAUCCUUCGACGAUGUCAAAGGGGCGGCCCAGCGAGCAAGAAUCUUGGAUCUAAUCGAAGGUCUACCUGCUGGAUGGAACACGAUGGUGGGUGAAAGGGGCAUGAUGAUUUCCGGUGGUGAGAAGCAGCGUCUUGCUGUAGCCCGACUUCUCUUGAAGGAUCCUCCGUUGUUGUUCUUCGACGAAGCAACAUCGGCGCUGGAUACAUAUACCGAACAGACGCUGUUGCAGAACAUCAACAGCAUUCUCAAGGAGAAAGCAAGGACGAGUGUCUUUGUCGCUCAUCGACUACGUACCAUCUUUGACAGCGACAUCAUUUUUGUGCUUAAGGAGGGCCAAGUGGUCGAAAAAGGUACUCAUGCAGAGUUGCUAGCGUUGGAUGGGCUCUAUGCCGACUUAUGGGCCGCUCAGGAAGUGUCGAUCGGGCAGGAUAUGGGCUUCGAACAAUCACUGGAAGAAGAGCGCGAGGCCGAGAAGAAAGACGAGUGA